AUGACCUUCGAAGAAGUUGAACCAAAGAAGGAAAAGAUUUGCCAGCCACUGUCAUUGUUUUCUUCACUUCCGGAUGAAAUCACAGAAAACAUUCUUGCCCGUGUUUCGAGGUGGAACUAUCCUUCGCUUUCUCUCGUCUCAAAGAGCUUCCGCUCUCUCUUAUCUUCUAUGCAAAUCUAUAAGACGCGAUCUCAAAUCGGAACCGAAGAAACUUGCGUAUAUGUCUGCCUACAGUUACACAAUCAACCAUAUCCGAGCUGGUUUAGUGUUUGGGCUAAACCUAAUAAUCAAACCCUAACCAAACAGAGAGGAAAGAUUAGGUUUAAGAAGGAUCCAACUGGAAACUCGGUUGUUCCGACACCCAUCCAUUCUCCUCGCAUAACAAGUCAGUCCACCGUAACGGUUGGUCUGGAAAUCUACUCAAUCGGUGGACCCCGCGAGGAGCCUUCUUCCUCUGUAUGGAUCCUUGAUUGUCGAAGUCAUACUUGGCGUAACGGCCCUAACAUGACCGCGGCUCGGGAGGAUCCAUGCGUUUUUACUGACCAUGGUAAAAUAUAUGUGAUGGGAGGUUGUAAGAUUGACGAGUACUCUGCUAGACUGUUUGAGGUGUUUGAUACGAAGACUCAGUCUUGGACAGUCUUGCCGGGGCCUGGUGCUGAGUUACGCAUUCUUUUAACAGAAAAUAAUUAUGAUUUAGUUAAUGUGAUAGACGAAAAGUUUUUCGUAGUGAUAAAUGAAAGGGAGUACACGUACGAGCCGAAAUAUGGUACAUGGAAACUUUUAAGAGGGCAGUCAGAUUCCAUAGAACUAGAAGGUGCUACAAUUUGGAUAAAGGAUGUAUUAUACUGUUGCACUUACUAUGGAGACUUAAUCUGGUGUGACUCUGAGGAUCAUGAGGGUAGAGAAUGGAGAGAAAUCAAGGGUUUGCGAAGAUUACUAGAUGACUGUUGUUUAAGAAGUGCAAGUGAGUUUGCAGUGGAGGACUUUGGUGGGAAGCUUAUGGUUAUGUGGGGAUAUUCUGAUAUCAAACCGAAAAACAAGAUUUGGUAUGCUAAGAUUUCUUUGGAAAGAAGUAGCAAUGGACGUGAGAUUUGGGGAAAGAUUGAGUGUGUCGAUCAGCUUACAUUUCCAUGCGAAUCUUACGAAUCCUUCUAUUGUUUAAGUGCUUCGGCUUAAUGACACUCUUAGCUGGAAUGGCAUGAGUCGUUUGCUUUUGCUUUGAACAUGUUGUUUUCU